UUUACAGGCGGGAACGCGCGGCGAGGGCGGCGGUUGCAGCCGGGCUCGUGAGAGCGGGACACCGCGGGGCGGGCGCCGCGGCAGCAUGAAGGAGCUGGAGCCGGCGCUGCGGAUGGAGGGAGACAUCCUGGACACGCUGGAGGCGCUGGGGUACAAAGGUCCUCUACUAGAGGAGGAAGCACUGAACAAAGCAGUAGAAAAUGGAUUGUCUUCACCAGAAUUUUUUGAACUGUGCAUUUGGUUAAGCUCCCAGAUAAAACCUCUCUGUGACCUGGAAGAAAGUAUCACAUCAGCAGGUGAGAAAGAUGUGGAAAGCUUCCAGCUUGAGAUUAGCGGUUUUUUAAAAGAAAUGGCUUGCCCAUAUUCAGUACUUGUUUCUGGAGAUGUUAAAGACAGAUUACAAAAGAAAGAAGAUUGUCUUAAACUCCUAUUAUUUCUAAGUACGGAGCUUCAAGCUUUAAAGAUACUGCACAACAAACAACUUAAAGGUUCUCACUUGGAAAAGCAUAAUGAAAUCUAUCACGAAGUGGAAGCUAUCUCUGAUUCACUGGGCCUAUCAAAGUCAUCAUCUUCUGACAUGCCUCUUUUAUUGAGCAAUGUAGAAUCAAAGCACGUCUGCUCUUUGUCUCUGUCUAGCAUCUUCACCAUUGUCAGUAGCUGUGGGAAUAGUUCUGAGAAUAGUAUUUGGCUUUGCAUCAGCGGUAUACCAAAGGGACAGAUCACACAUUGUAUUUUGAUAAAGGAUAUUCUCUCAAAAAUUCACAGUAAUCAUGUGGGGAAACCAUUGUUAACAACAUCCUUGAAUCCUGAUCAAGUGGAAAGAUUGGAAAAAAUCAACGAUGCUCUCCGUAGUGAAUAUGAAUGUCGUCGUCGGAUGUUAAUGAAGAGGUUAGAUGUGACAGUUCAGUCCUUUGGUUGGUCUGAUAGAGCAAAGGUAAAAACAGAUGACAUAGCAAGAAUCUACCAGCCCAAGCGUUAUGUACUAUCUCCGAAAUCAACCAUUACGUUAGCCCACCUUCUUGCUGCCCGAGAGGAUUUAUCAAAGAUAAUAAGGACAAGCAGUGGAUCUACAAGAGAAAAGACAGCUUGUGCCAUCAAUAAGGUUCUGAUGGGGAGAGUACCAGAUCGUGGAGGCAGACCAACUGAGAUUGAACCACCUCCUCCUGAAAUGCCUCCUUGGCAGAAGAGACAAGAAGGUGGUGGGAGGGGUGGUUGGGGGGGUGGAGGAGGUGGGCGCGGUGGCUGGGGGGGAGGGGGUGGUAGAGGUGGUGGUGGUUUCAGUGGCGGUGGUAGAGGUGGAGGUGGCUUCCAGGGAAGGGGGGACUAUGGUGGCAGGGGGGGUUAUGGUGGUAGAGGUGGCUAUGGUGAUCCAUAUGGUGGAAGGGGAGGAGGAUAUAGAAGAUACUAAAACUUCAGAAACAUUAAUGUAACUGGCAGGACCUGGGUGGUAGUUUACUGAUGACAGGAAUUUGGUUAUGUUUAGGUUAGAGUACAUAUAAUCCCCUUAUUAACAAAUCACUGCAUUAGACCACCUCAUCUUGUCACUGAAUCCUGUUAUUAAACUAAAUGACUUUUUUUUAUAUGUAUAUGAAAAUGUGACACCUGUAAAGCAGCCCUUGUUUCACACUGAGCACAUAUUUUUAAAUAUCUUGCUUGCUUUUUUAAAAAAAUAACAAAUCUCAGAAAAAAUGAACAGAAACACUGAAUUUUCUUUUAAAAAUGUUACUACUUAAUGUUUGAGCCUCUAACUGUUGUCCUCAUCCAUCAUGCAUGAAGUGAUUUAGAAGGACUUCAGCUCCAUGGGCUGCACAAGGUUUAAUAUGCUGUACAAAACUGGUUUCAGCUGCAUGUGGUUUUGGUCCUCUAUCUGAAAGAACCAUAAUUUCAGAAGUUAAACAUUUUAGAAUAUUUUAAGUUAAAACAAAAACUCCCACAGGUUUCUGAGUCUUCCAGAAUUUCACAUUCAGGUGGUAAAAUUUCACUUCCAUGUUACAUACAGUAAACAGAUCUAGGCUAUUCUUAUAAAAAUGCAUUAAAAUAUUUCAAAGCCAAGAGCCUUGUUGAUAAAGAUUUGUGGUAAACCUUGGUAGCAGAUCACUUUCGUUUUACUUACAGUAGGUAUUCCAUGAAAAAUGUUUUUAAGUAAGACCCUGUGAAGAAAAAUUCCCCAACUAUUGUACCUGGUUGCUGACAUGCUUCUCUGUAUUUGUGAGCCCUAGAAAUGUAAUAUAACUGAGCACUGGGCUGGCCUGUCUAGAAGGGAGACCUGUCCGAUGUACAGUGAAAAACAGAUAUUUGUUUGUUGAGUGGAGCUGUGUUGAUCAAUGGGCAAGAAGAACUUUUGUAACUAGGUACCCUUCGCAACCCACUUCCCCAAGAGGAAGUAUAGUUGUGGAAGCAAGUCUUGUGGGGGAUUUUUACAUAUGCUCCCAACAUGGCACCAGGUACUUUUAAUUAGCAAUCUGCGCUAAUUAAAAGUGCCCAUGCAUCACACACAUUAGUGGUAUAGCAUGUCCCUGUGCUGAAAAAAUGGUUGCAAUGCACUUUGAACUAAAGCACUUCAAAUGUGGUUUGUUUCCGAGUGCACUGCUACCAUAUUCUCAGCACGAAGAUGCGCUGAGCCACUGAUACAUGUGAUGCACGAGGCUGCCAUAGCACAUCUGUGGGCUCCAGCAGACUCAAUUGAGUCUGCUCUGAUGCAUUGGAUUUCCAGCACGUUGGGGGCAAGCUCUCUGCAUGUAAGCCAUUUGUUUUCAUUUGUCCCUUUCGCCAACCCCCAAAAAGACCUCUCUUACCCUGUAUAUUGAUUUGGAUGCUCUCUCCCUGAUGGUGGUCUUAUUUUGGAAGAAGAGUGUCCGCACAGAGAAUUAUCCUGAUAGGCUUCCAUGUAUAAGCAAACCUUUAGCUCUGAUUCAGAGCUGCCUGAUGGAAUGAGACGUUCACAUGGCCCAUUUUGUUUGUCUGUCCCCCAGGUGUUGGGGUGGUUAGUGGAGAGAGAGUCUACUUCUGGUGACAUUUUCCAGGCUUAGAUUACCAUAAAUAGCAUUUAGGUGGACAGAAUCUUAACCUUCCUUUGGGCUGAAAUAUAUAUGUGGCUGAAGCCAAGAUGACAGUCGUAUAAACAAAGGCCAGGUGUACAUGUGCGGCACACUUCACAGUUGUUACUGCACAGUCAUUUAUUACUGGCUUAUGUACUAAAUGGCUGUGCAGUACUGUCCCCACAAGGUUUUUACCCAGUGCUACUGUGCACUGUCAUCGCCACAUGUUUAGUGCCUGUGAGUAGCUUGUUCCUACUGUGCCGUAAUGUCUUGUGUAGACACGCCCAAGGAGUAGUUUUUGAUUACAGACCAUAGAAAGAACAGAGAACUUCCAUGGGUCAUACAGCUGCAAAAGUAAUGUUGGAGUAAAAAGGGCCUCAGUAUUUUGUUCUUAGUCGUCUAAACUGUCAGUUCAGUUCUUUCCCUCUUAUCUUCCUGAGUGUCCUACAUGGUAUAUUUGGGUAUAUUCUGGCUUUGGGGAUACAGGCAUGGCUUCCUUGACUCUAAUGCCAGUUGCAUACUUCUGCUUUUGAAGCUAUAUUCAAAAUCAGUGAGUCUGUCCCUCAAAUACCUGUCUUGGACUUCAUAAGGUAACUUAUAGUGAACACUUUUUAAAAAAACAUUUGAACUUCUCAUUUAAAUUAAACUUGGAGUUUCCCACUCCUUCCCUGUUUUCUGAUACAGACCAUGUAAGAAUAUUGUUUAUAAUCUGAGUGGUAGAAAUGGUUGAAUCAGUAGUUACAAAAUAGGUACUGAAGAAAACUACCUUCAUUUUCUUCCAUUUAAGAGGUCAGCUAGUGUGAGGAGAAAACCCUGGAGCCUGAGGGUAGGGCACCAAGGUUUUAUAGAAGGAGAAAAGUGAUGGGCAGUCAGCUGCUCCUAAUCUAUUGCAGCCCUCAGCUGGCCCAGUUUUCACCCAGCUGCUGAUACUAUGCAGCAACUCAGCUGUUCUGCAUAUGCUGCUUGUGUAAAAGGGGAAUCAUUGACAGUCUGCAGUCGUGAGAGAGAGAAGCUGGUGAGGACUGUGGAGAGCAACAUUCAGUUCCUCGUGGCUGUGCAUGGCUUUGCCUGUUGUCCUCAUCCCUGGUACUAUAGGAGGUGAUGGAUUCAUUUAAAAAAAUGAGAAUUCUGGUCUCCAAACUGGCUAUAGAAGAAGAAUCGAAGAAGAAUGGGAAUGAAAGAACCAGUCUUUUCAUACAUAGCACUCCCUAACUUGAAGUUCUUUCUAUUCACUCUAAGAAAGUAUUUUAUUUCUGUCAUAAAUAACAUCUGAACUGCACCCCAAAGCCUGUCUCCAAUCAAUAAGAGUGGCAGUCACAAAUAGGAAAACCACAGGGCUCAUCUAAACACCAACACUGCACCAGUUUAAAGGUUUGAGGUCACAGGUUUAGUUCAGUUAUACUGAUUACAUAAGUGGACACUCUUACAUUGAUUGAUUUAAACCCACCUUUCAUUUGUUUAGUUAUUCCAUAACAGGACUACUGACAGCUAAACUUAUGUAAACCAGCUUUAAAUUGUGUGCCAACACCACAAUAAUACCAUUUAAACUAAUUUGGUCUGAUAAACUAAUAUCAUGCCAUCAGUUAUUUUAGUACAGCCUUGUAGCCCAGAUCUAUAUUGAACUGAAAAUAAAAUAAAUUUGCUAAGUUUGUUUUUAAUUGGCUAAAUGAAACUUUAAGAGUUUCCAAAAUCAGAAGAAUUGGGAGACGAGAACAAAGUGAACAAUGCUACACUUUAGAGAUUAAAUCAUUUUUUGUGUCCUCUGUUCUCAGGAUGUAUGCUUUUAACUUUCUAUAGAUGCAAUAAAAUUUGUUGAAAAGUGAAUUUGAUUUAAACCUGUUCUCAAAAUAUUUUGUAUAUUUCAGUCCUGAACAAUGUAUUUAAAAUUUCUGGUGUAAAUAUAGUUUUUGGUACGUGUGUCUGUGAACAGUUUUUGUGUUUACUUGCAUUUAGUGAACAUCCACCCAGAAUGUUGUUUUUGUUUACUUGACUUUAGAUUUUGGAAAAAAUGGUUUCCAAGACUUAAAAAAACACUUUUAUUAGCAGGUGUGAACACUGAUAAAUAAAAUAUUGUAUUUAAAAUUC